CCCAUCACCGCGCUCCUGGGAAUCCUGUCUAUUCGUUCUUGCAUCACUCGUUUGCAGACAGUAUUCCUUCAUCACACUCUUUGCGCUGUUGAUUCAUUGGUUGCUCGGUCGAUACCUUACUGUGCACUCGACCGUUCCACUCUUCUGCUUGGCCGUCUUAGGCGCGUCAGUGACAAGGAUACCACAGAAUCCCCACCACCAGCCUUCUACUUCUACGGACCCCCUUGUGGCUCCCCGGGUCAAAAUAACACGGCUGGAGUACAGUCUUCGAGAAGACUAUCUUUCGACAGCUCUCUCUUUCUCUCUUUCUCUCGCUCUUCGAAAGUGGCUCGUCUCCCAGUCGUUUCCCUUCAAUACCACAACAACCAGGCAAGAAUCUACCUGGACGUUAAUCCAAGGGCAUCUACUUCACCGACAAGGAUUCUCACAGACUCACAUCACGUACAACGACUACUAAAGCUACUUGUUCGUCCACAAAAGCCUCUGCUCCUGCGCGAAUCUUAUCCUUCCGGCUCAAUCUGAAACUUCAAUCUCGACGGUCACUUCCCCAAUCCAAUCAACAUCGUUACUGGUUGACCUCACCUCGUCGAUCAGCGCAGCAGCAACUUCAUACACGACUUCAGUAACUGAAUCUGUGGUAAUCACAGCCUCAGAGUUGCUUAUGGGGAUCAUAAUCUCCACCCCCGAUAGUCCGAUGGCUACGCCCUCCAGCUGCGCGAGCCUUUGCUCGUCACUCUCGUUCACAGAGCUUGGCUUGCCCGUGGCGCCAGUUUCUUGUGUAUCUUAUGCGGCCAACGAGACAAUUACCAUCACUGGGGGCCAAGCAGAUGUGGGAUGUGGUUCAACAGUCCAACCUAGCGUUGACUUAUGCCGAGUCGUACUGAAUGUCGAGACCAGUCAGGCUUCCGAGACAUACAUGGAAGUUUGGCUGCCAGAGAAUGACGAGUGGAAUGGUCGUACGAUGAACACCGAUAACGGUGGUGUCAACGGAUGCGUCCACUAUGUUGACAUGAACUACGUCGUUGGUCGUGGCUUUGCUGCUAUCGGUGACAAUGCGGGCCACAAUGGUUCGUCCUUCGAUGGAUCCUGGUUCGCAAGCGACAACGAAGUCAUUAUCGAUUGGGUUUACCGCGCUCGUCACUCUGCUGUGGUUGCUGGCAAAGAAGUAGUCAGCCAAUUUUACGACCAGCAACCCGACUAUUCGUACUAUAUUGGUUGCUCUGCGGGUGGUGCUCAAGGCAUGAAGUCGGCGCAAAUGUACCCUGACGACUUUGACGGCAUCAUUGCUGGCUCUUCUGCAGCCGACUUCAAUCACCUUCAGGCAUGGAGCGGCCGUUUUGUGCAGCUCACUGGUACCUCUGCUUCCGAUGGCAGGUUUCUGACUGAAGACGACUGGAUCACCGUUCAAGCUGCCAUCUUUGAUCAAUGCGACGCCAAAAUCGAUGGCGUCGACGAUGGUAUUCUCGAAGAUCCCACCCUGUGCGUCUUCGAUUCCUCUGUCCUCUCUUGCACCAACAACGCCACCCUUUCCGGCUGCCUUACAGACACUCAAGUCAGCACUGUCGACCAAGUCUUUACCGAGCUCUACAACACCGAAGGCGAACUCCUCUUCCCGGCCCUCCUCUACGGCUCCCAAGUGGAUGCAUUCCGCCUGGGUCAGCUCUCUGGCAGUGUCCAAGCCAUCUCUGAAGACUGGUACAAAUACGCCGUACUCGACGACGACAGCUUCAACGCGCUUGACAUGGAUCAGUCCGACUACGCCGCCGCCGACGCCCUGGACGCAUAUCACGGCAAUGUCUCCUCGUUCAACGGAGACCUCAGCGGCUUCCAGAACUCCGGCGGCAAGAUGAUCGCAUACCACGGCAUGGCCGAUCCUCUCGUCAGUGGCAGCAACAGUCAAAGAUACUAUCUCAAAGUCGCUAAAACCAUGGGUCUCGACCACACUGCGCUCGACAACUUUUACCGAUACUUUCGCAUCUCCGGCAUGGCCCAUUGCGGUGUUGGCGGAAUUUCUGGAGCGGGCGCGUGGAUGUUUGGACAGAAUGGCGCUGCCAGUGUUGCAACGCAUAACAUCAUCGACGAUCUCCAAAGUUGGGUGGAAGAUGGUGUUGCACCGGACACGCUUACCGGCACCAAAUUCUGGUACGAUACUCCAUCUCUGGGAGUUCAGUAUGAGCGCGCUCAUUGCCGUUUCCCCUAUCGAAACACCUACGUCGGGGGCGAUUCUGCGACUCCGGGUGCUUGGAGCUGUGUUCUCAUUGACAACUGGUCCGAGUGUGGGGUUGGUGCGCAGCCUCGCUUGUGUAAUGUCGACGGCAGCUUCAAUUAGGUAGAUCAGGUAGAUCGACAGUACAGAAGAGAAGGCUUUCAGCAAACCUUGAUACCUAGGUAGGUAGAGACGAAAAAAAAAGUUCGACAGAGACAGCAGUAAUGUGAUUGAUGGUAGGACGUCGGAUGGAUGGUCAACAGGCUCUUGUACAUAAGGUAGAAUGUGUUUUCUUUCCUUUGAUGAAGAUAUCGAUAAUGUUUAGAGAAUACAGUACUUAGGUAUAGACAGAUAAGGAAAGGUGCCAGGUGGCAGACAC